AUGUUGUUAAUGUCACAGAAGAUUAAUAUCAUAUUGAAGAUGAUUGACAGAUUAACAGCUUCUGCAACAGCUAUAGAGAAGAUGAAUAUAUCAGUUGAAGAAGUAAAUCUGCUGCUGCAGAAUGUCUGCUACAUUCUCAAGCUGAAGAUUAAUCUUAUGAGUUUUGAAAAGCUUAGACUUGAUUCAAUUCACAAUGUUAAAUAA